CGUAAGACCAUUUGACCGCCGAACACCCAACAACCGUCCACGAACGCGCCUCACGUCACAUCAUCUCCCGUAACAAGCACGGUAUUAAGAAGAGGUGGGGAUGUGGCGUUCGGUUUAGCUGAGCUUGCUGAUGUGGAAGCUGAAGAUUCGCAGGAAAAGUCUCGUUGUUCGCAUUCCCGGUGGGAAUUUUCGCUUGUCCUGACGUUCAGGAGCUUUACACUGACGCCGGGUCUCGCGGUUUAUUGUGUAUUGAGUGUAUUUAUUUUUCUUUUUCACUCCGAUACGCUUCUGUGGAAUGCGAAAACUCAUGUUCUUCCAAACUUUAAUCGGUUUUUCCAUCCUGGCAACGGCGAUUCCAAAGCCAGACGAACAUCGUAUUUUGAGCAAGGAUGUGAGUAAUGAAGAUCACUAUAUAAAUUCACAACAUAAUCCAGCCUAUGAUCAUGAAGCUUUUCUUGGAGAAGAAGCAAAAACCUUUGAUCAACUUACUCCGGAAGAAAGUACUAGAAGAUUAGGAAUAAUUGUUGACAAAAUUGACAAGGAUAGCGAUGGCUAUGUUACACAAGAGGAGCUCAAAGAUUGGAUAAUGUAUACUCAGAAACGUUACAUUAGAGAUGAUGUAGAGCAUCAAUGGAGAUCUCAUAAUCAACAAGGAAAAGAAAAGUUAUCAUGGAUAGAAUACAGGGCAAUGGUUUAUGGUGAUAUGGAUGAACAUGAGAAAGAAAGACAGGAUAAAUCAGAUGAUGAUUCUUUUUCAUAUCUUACUAUGCUUAAAAGAGAUCGCAGAAGGUGGACCACUGCUGAUUUAGAUGGUGAUGAUGCUCUAACCAAAGAAGAAUUUACUGCCUUCCUUCAUGCUGAAGAGGCAGAGCAUAUGAAAGAUGUAAUAGUACUAGAAACAAUGGAGGAUAUUGAUAAAGAUGGAGAUGGAAAGAUAUCUCUUGCAGAAUAUAUUGGCGAUAUGUACAAAGGCAAUGAAGGUGAGGAGGAACCGGAAUGGGUGAAGAAUGAGAAGGAACAAUUCUCCUCAUACAGAGAUAAAGACAGUGAUGGAUUUUUAAAUGCUGAUGAGGUAAAAACGUGGAUUAUUCCUGCGGAAUUCGAUCACGCAGAGGCGGAAUCUCGACAUUUAAUUUAUGAAGCAGACACUGAUGCCGAUCACAAACUUACGAAAGACGAGAUUUUAGAAAAAUACGAUGUAUUUGUUGGGUCUCAAGCUACAGAUUUUGGCGAAGCGUUGACGAGGCACGACGAGUUCUAAGGAUAUAAUUUCAGAAAAAUUGCUAUUAAACAAAUUACUUAUAAUGAUCUACUUAAAAUUUUACAAAUCAUGAAUCACUUAUGAAAAAUAUUUAUCCAUUUAUUCUAAUAAAUGUGUUUUUAUGUUAUUGACAUCUAAUAUAGAUCUAACAUAGACAUGUAAUAGAUAAUAAUUUAAUAAAAAGAAAUAUAUAAUAGAUAGCAUAGAGAGAUAUAAGAGAAGGAAAUGUGCAUAAAAUGCUAUAUCUGCCAAAAAUUAUAAAGAAGUUAGCUAUUGUUAUAAUAAACUUUUGAUAUUGUCAUUGUA